CCAUUCAAAAGUCGAUUGUCCGGCAUGAGUUCUGGAGAAUGUGUUUAAGUUAGUUGGUGUUGGACCUUCUGAUUGUGUGUAAGGGAAAAAUGGAUGGCACACUCUUGGGGUUUGUCAUACUGCAGGUUUUCACUUGUGCUAGUUGUUUACCAAACGGGGCGCCGGUUUCUACAUGUGUGGAUAUGAUGCCGAGGCACACAGGUGUACAACCACAGCCAACACCUGCUCCAUAUACAAUCCACACCGGCAGCACCAGUCUCCAGACUGGCAAACCAAUCACAGUUGUCAUUAAAGGGCCGGAUUAUCAUGGUGUGCUGCUGGAGGCUCGAUCCGGCUCUGACACUACAGCAAUAGGAACCUGGCAGACGCCUCCAGCCAACACAAAGCUCCUGCAGUGUGCAGAAAACCUGCAGGGUGCCAUUACUCACGCCAACACUAACACUAAAGACAACUCCACCGUCUACACCUGGACUCCACCUGCCACAGCCAACAGUGUUUACUUUGUCGCGACUGUAGCGCAGCAGCGUACUGUAUACUGGCUAAACGUGAAGUCAGCGAAUCUGAUCAAAAGCGACGGAGGAGGAACGUCGCUUGACGUCCAUGAUAGUGCAGAAUCGCUGAACGUCAUCCCUGCCGUGCUUCUCAUCGUCCUGCUUCAAUGUGUAGUCGAAUAACAAUCCUGAUACUGAUCUUCUAGUUGAAGAAGAUCCACGCCGAGUAAAGCAUACUAGCGCAACUAUCAAACAUGAAAUAUUAACACAAUCUUUUAUUUACCUGAUACUUUGUACACGUUGCCCGCAGGUUUCAAUGCUUUUCUUCAUGCCAAAGAAAUAUUUUUGUGUAUGUCUGUCUAUAUCAUAUAUCUGACGUGUUAACCCAGAACCAAACAUCAUUUAUUGAAAGUGACGUUUUGGAGCAUUUAUGGUCAAAGCUUGGUCUAUUAUUUGAAUAUUAUUCAUUUUUCCCCCAGUAUUUUAGAACAGAAAUGCCCACAAACUCUGAAUGAACUCAAAUAGAAAAGCAGCCAUUACAGUUCUGCAUCUAUAAAGCAAUAUCUUAACCGAAGUGCAUUCUGGGAAGCAUUUUAAACUGUUAAAUUCGUUCCCAUGUAUUACAUUUGUUUCAGCCUAUGUUGUGCACUUGGUUACUGUACUGUCUCAUUUAACUCAAGUGUUCAAAAAAGAUUUAACAAAUAU